AUGUCUCAGAACCUUAUGGAUACCCAGCCUGGAGGUGACACAGAGGGCUCCACUUCGCAGUACACAGCCAUCAACACCGUCACAGUACCUCACAAGAAGUCGGGUGGCCAAUUCGGCAACCCCGAAACCUCUGUCGAUUCCGUCCCCGAAGUCGAAGCCGCCAAGAAAGCAGAAGAAGGUGAAAAGACAGCUGAAAAGAUUCGCUACGGUCAAUCAUUGAGCGAGAACGGCAUGGGAGGUCAGACUACCGGGCUUGGACAAGCAAACAGCAGCAGCGCUGGUUCAAAAGCACAGGAUGUGGAUGAGGAGGCCAAGAACGAGAGAAUAAAGUCAGGAUACGGUGGUGACAAGGAUAUGGAUAGGGACAUUGGUGCAUGA